GGGAUGGUUACUGGUCUCUUCUCCCUCUCUUUCUCUCGUACUGUUUCAGUGUUGUAAUUAUGCUCUGAUAAAGAAACAGGUGAGCGAGAAAUCGAUCGUCUUGUUUCCAGAAUUUGAUGUGAGGGACCACUAAGGAUUGAGGAUAAUCACAUAGGGCAAGCACCAUGUAUCCUGGUGGUUACACAGCUGAAAUUACCAGCUUAUCUCCUAGAGCAACAGAGAAGGACAUUUCCAAUUUUUUUGCUUAUUGUGGAGCAAUUGAGCAUGUUGAAAUUAUCAGAUCUGGGGAUUAUGCUUGUUCAGCUUAUGUGACAUUUAAAGAUCCUUAUGCUCUUGAAACGGCUAUCUUGCUCAGUGGGGCCACUAUUGUUGAUCAAAGCGUAUGCAUAUCACGCUGGGGUACAUAUGUAGAUGAAUCUGAUAUUUGGAGCAGUCCAUUAUGGAGGAUGGAAGAAAAUUACAGCUCUACGCAGGGUACUUAUAUGAGUAGCUAUGCUUCUAGCCCUGGAGAGGCUGUUAGUGUGACUCAGGAAGUGGUGAAAACAAUGCUAGCGAAAGGAUAUGUCCUGGGGAAAGAUGCAUUAAUCAAGGCUAAAGCUUUUGACAAUUCAUUUCACCUGUCAGCUACCGCAGCAGGCAAGGUUGCUGAGCUAAGCAAUAGAAUUGGGCUGACCGAGAAGAUCUAUACGAGCAUGGAAACUGUGAGAUCUGCAGAUGAGAAAUAUCACUUCUCAGAUUUCACCAAAUCAGCUGUAUUAGUCACUGGAACGGUGGCCCUGACAGCAGCAAAAAUUACAGGGAAAGCAGCUGCAGCAGCCACAACUGCUUUUGUGAAUAGCAGCUACUUUGCCAAGGGAGCUCUUUGGGUUUCAGAUGCUUUGGCUCGUGCAGCGAAAGCUGCUGCAGAUAUUGGUAGCCAUGGUGGUUAAUAGCCAUAGGAUUCAAGUGAAACUGGAAACUGGAACUUUAUGUGAGUUUGUAUUUUAAUGCUGUUUGUGUACAAAUAAUUAGAGUCUCGUGUUGUAUACCAGCCUAGUUAGGAGUUAGCCUCAUUUUGUAAGGCUUAGAUAUGAAUAAAUCUUAAAACGUCUCUGAGUCUGAGGUUAUUGUUUAAUUUGGUGAAUAAUAAGAUGAUGAAUAAAAUCUUGUCAUCCCAAAAAUUGAGAUGGCUGUAUCAAUAUUCA